CUCUACCUGUCGCUGGCAGACCUCCUCUCGGCCCUCGCCUACUUCUACGGGGUGCUGCGGGACUUCGAGCGGACCUCGUGGGACUGCGUGCUGCAGGGUGCCCUGUCCACCUUCUCCAACACCAGCUCCUUCUUCUGGACCAUGGCCAUCGCCCUUUACCUCUACAUCACCAUUGUGAGGGGCUCGCCCACGGGGACAGGCUUGCUCUGCUGCUUCCACGCUGUGAGCUGGGGAGUCCCCCUUGGCAUUACGGUGGCUGCUGUUGCGCUGAAGAAGAUUGGCUACGAUGCCUCCAAUGUUUCUGUGGGCUGGUGUUGGGUCAACUUGGAUGCAGAGGAUCGGGUCUUGUGGAUGUUGUUAACAGGGAAAGUUUGGGAGAUACUGGCCUAUGUGACUUUGCCGGUGCUCUACAUUCUCAUCAAGAAGCACAUUAAUAGAGCGCACGCAGCUCUCUCAGAGUAUCGCCCCAUUCUCUCAAGAGCACCUGCAUUUCAGCCCCGGACUUCCAUAGCAGAUAAGAAGUUGAUUCUCAUCCCUGUCAUCUUCAUCAUCCUCCGCAUCUGGAGCACAGUGCGAUUCAUUCUGACCCUCUGUAACUCCCCUGCAGUGCAAAACUCAGUCCUGGUUGUCCUGCAUGGAAUCGGUAACACGUUCCAAGGAGGUGCCAACUGUAUUAUGUUUGUCCUCUGUACGCGGGUGGUCCGGACUCGACUGUUUUCCUCCAUUUGCUGUUGCCACUACGAUGAGCUGGAUUGGCCUUGGCAAAGAUCAAACAGCUACUGGCAGCACCCAGAACCCCACAAGGACAAGGAUGUGCCAGGCCCUGAGCAGACGAAACCCCUGGUUCCCAGCACCUGA